GGCGGGGGGCGCGUGGGAAGGGCCGGCGGGUUCCGUGGCGGCCCUCAGAGCUGUCCGCCGCCUGAGGAGGGCCCUCGUCCCGGCGGGACCCGGCGCCGCGAUGUGUCCUGGAAAGAGGAAUUCUUACAGAGAGAUGUGAUGAAAUACUGCCAUGCAUGAAGGAAGUGACUGUUAAGGAGAGCAAAAAAGACAAUUUCCAAGCAUGGUAAAAGAUUGGAGUGAAUUUGAUGCUAUUGAAAGACUGAUUUUACAGAAUAGGAGACUAGAAUUCUGCUUGCAAAGUGAACAUCUUUGGAAACCCAACAAGUACUUCAAAAGAAACACUGCAGACCUCUCAGAAAUGCCUGUGGACUACUGAUGGUCUUCAAAGAAUUUGGGCGGCACUAUGGAGCAGCGUUAAUCACUGCAGAUAAUUAGAUUGGAGGACAGCCAGCAUAGCCUGUCAUCUGGACAUCAUCAAACAAUUGCAACUGCAACGUCCUGCUCCUGUGAGUGAACACCCAAACAGCACGUGGCUACAGACUGCAGGGCAUGACUGUGCAGGUCGAGAUCUGCAUAUGUGUCACAAAAGACUUCUGGUCUCACCGUUUCCAUUGAAUGAAUUUGAAUGAAGGAGUACUUUACCAGGAUCAUGAAUACAAUGAAUCGCUUCCUGAGUGACUGUCCGAAUUACGGCCUUUCAGAGCGCAGGGUACAUACCACCUAGUGAAAGGUACUGGGAAAGUGCAACUGAUGUCUUCUGUGGUCUGCAGUAUUCCUUCCUUGCUUCCCUCAGAUUCCAUGGACACACUGUCCUUCGGAAGAGCUCCUGCUUCAACUAAAUCUUUCCAUUAAAAAAAUUAAAAAUUCUUCUAUAAGAGGAAGGAUUUCAUUUUGUCUUCUCGCAUGUUAUCACAUCUUCAGCCUUUCAGCUACAAACGCAGUCGUCCUUAACAUCAGCAAAGUGAAUGGACUUUAUUACCAUCACUCAAAAUUAGUUAGCAGCCCUUUCUUUAAUCAGUAUUCAGAAAAACACUCCAAAAACAGAUGCACGUUUGGUUACCCUUUGGGAAGAAGUUUGAGGAGGUGGUUGGACUGGGUGAUCUUGGAGGUCUUUUUCAACCUUGAUGAUUCUCUGGUUCUGAGUGUAAUUUUUAGGGACUCCGAACACAGCUUUCACAAAAGCAGUGGCUAAAGCUGGCACAUCCAUUCUCAGCCCAUAUAACCUUUCAUAUCUUUUCAAAUUUAUUGAAACUGUUCAAAAUAAGCAUUUUUUUUAGCACUCUCAGAGAAUGUCUGAAGUAUGCCAGACUUGCUUUACCUUGUGCAUUUCUUUUACAGUAUCACUUGUGGAAUUUUUUCAGCUUUACUCCUGACUCCUUUUUUCCUGUUUUUCUGACCUGUUCAAAUCUUCAUGUCAAAAUAGAAGUCUUCCAAACGAAGCCCCAGGAAGAUGUCUGUAAGCAAUAGCAGUCUUCUCUGCUGGGUGAGUUUAAAACAUUUCCCUGUAGCCUUUCAUUCAGGCUGGUGAAAGGCUGCCAUCUUCCUGUGGCACUGCUCCUCUCCUUGGGACUCCUCUGGGAAAGCCCAGCAUGUUUCUGCCUCCCUGCUUAUGUGGAGGAUUCCUCCUCUGGUGCAUGAAAGCCAUCUCCUUCCUUAUCAAAAACACCCUUAUUCUUAUAAUAGUAUAUGUAGAAUAGUACAUAUACGUAGUAUAUGUAGAAUAGACAGGAUUCCCUUUUUUAUCUCAGUCAUGACAUGCAGUAAGCUGUGUCCUGUGCUUUGUCCAUGUUCCUUGGAUAUCAUUUAUGGUAAUGUUUGUGGUUUCAAGUUAAAGCAACACUGUCCUCUGUGCAAAAAUUGCAUCACUUCAAGAAACCCCAGUGCUAGAACAGUGAUAAUGUUGUUGGUGUAAGUAAAAAGCAGUCAUAACCAGAAAAUGCAGUUUCUUAGCUCUCCAGAGGCAGAGUUGUGUUCCAAAGCAUUCAGUCUUCAUUCAUUAGAACUGAGUUUGAUCCUGACUCCUGAGGGUGAAUUUCCUGGUCUGCUUAUUCAGCCUUCCUUGAAGGUUAAUGGGAGAGAAAACAGUGAGAAAGUAACUAUGAAAAGAGAAAUGAAAAGGGAAGCAAAGCUUUUGAGACUAUGAGCGGGCAGUAAAAUGUGCAAACAGAAUUACAAAUGGCUCCUCUGGUCAUUAAUUUUAUUACUAUUGGAAAAAGUUCUACGUCUACAGCUCAUUUUCUUGCUGCUUCCGGAUGGGUUCAUAGCUGGGUCACUCCUUGCUUUCUUCCAUUUUUUUUCAUCCUGUCAGAAAGGGAUAAUUGUUUCUUUCCAGCUGUUUGGAUUCUCCAUUUAACUCUCUCAGUGCUGUUUUCUACAGUAGUGAGCUAUCACUGUCCAGCUCCUGCUAGAAGAGCAACAUUUCCAACAUGAUGAAUAUGUUUAGCAGUGUCUAUUGUUACAUAUACUGGAUUUGAUUAGUGAUUAUGUGGGCUUGCACUAGUGCAGCUGUGAUAUGGGUGUUCUCCUGCUAGGAGAGCUGUGCAGCAAAAUUAAAAGCAUCCAUAUCAUGCUGUUCCAUGAAUUAUAUUCGUAGCCUGCUGUGCUCUCUAUUAGAAAGCAAACAGUUACUGUGAGGAGGUGUACUGAAGAAUAGCAUCCCUGCUAGCUGUCUGUCUCCUCCUAUCAAUUCACUGAGCCGGUGGCUGCUCAAAGAAAGUGACAUGGUGAAGUGUCUUGUCUCAGGAGAGCCAUUACACCACAGCUAGGAGAGCAUCUUACUCUCCAUGCUAUCCAGACCUGAGCUCUCCACUUCAAUAGCUGCAGAUUUUGCUACUAUCUCUGUCUUGCUAUCCACUAGAAGAAUAACACCAUCCUGAAUGCAGCUGUCCUCUUCUCUUCCUUGUAUACACUGCAGUUUGCCUCUUCCUUAAUAGCUCUUCCUUUUCACUGUUGCCUUCUUGGAAUCAUUAUUACCUUAGAAUUGCUUGUUUCUCUUCUCCCCACUUUGCACAUUUCCUGAAGGACAGCAUGUGGUCAUUUCUGGUAGUGUGCAUUCAGUGUAACCCAGAUGGGUUCAUUCUCAUCUCAGCCAUCUUGACUGUUGCUGGCCUUGCUGUUUUGGCAAUGUUUUCAUUUUUCACUACCAUGCUAUUUAUAGGGAGAGACAUGCAUGUCGCCUUUAUACCCCACCCAGCGCAAACAUUGGUGCUUGCUCACUUUUAGCUCCAUUUGUCUCUUAUUUCUAACACUACAGUCCACCAAAAAUGUUCAGUGCACUGCAGUCUCAAUCUACUAACUGUGUUUACAGCACACAAGGGAUUUACGGCGGUCUGGCAAUGGGCACUUCUUGGAAUUAGCACAUCUGCUCAGAGGGGGUGCUGCCGCUCACAGGGACAGCUUGUGACGUGUUACUGCACGAAGCAGAAAUCCACUAGUUUCAAAAUGAACAUCUGCACAGCAUGAUUCUGUUUUGUUUGAGUUGGAGACACUGCAGUGCAACCUACAACGAGUAUAUAAGUUAAAUCAUAUUUUUAGGUGUAAUGGAAUUAUUUUUGAUUUACACUGCUCUAAUUGCUCAAAUUCAGUAAGCACCCUUUUCCUACGACACAGCAAUACAGCUGCAGCAGAAAUGGAUUAAGUAUAAGAGUGUCUGCCUUUUAUUAGAAGCCACCAUUGAUGGAGUUCAUCUGGAUCAAAUAAGCAGAUGCAUUAAGAAGCUGCAGUCUAACCAUCUUGUAUCCGAAAACAGUGUCUGAAUCCAGUAGACAAAAACCAGUCAUUUAGCUUGACAUUUUUUUGAAAGCCUGCUAAAAAAGAAAUCUAAAAACAAGUGCUUUUGAGGAGUAAAUCACAAAGACAUCUGUGGGAUUAUAUAUGUUUAUGCCAGCUUUUUAGACAGUCUGAUGGUGACAGGACGAGGGGAAUGGCUUUACACUACACGAGAAGUUAGGUUAGAUGCUGGAAGAAACGUUUUUCUCAGAGGGCGGUGAGGCGCUGGCACAGCUGCCCAGGGAGCUGUGGGUGCCCCAUCCAUCCCUGGAGGCAUUUGGGGCCAGGUUGGACGGGGCCCUGGGCACUGAUCUAGUGGUUGGCAGGGCUUGGAACCAGGGGAUCUCUGAGGUCCCCUCCAGCCUGAGCCAUUCUGUGAUAUGAAUCUGUGAUACUAUUUUAUUAACUUCACACACAUUCCUGAAUUGCUGCAUGCAGUGUCUCCUAGAAAUCCUUUCAUAUACUGUCGAACGCUGCUGACUCUUUAAAGAGAUGAUAUUGUGCAGUGCUGAUUGAAAUGAGGCCAGGAGAGGAGAUUUUCACGCCUUAUGUAUUUUCUCUUUGUGGUCGUUCUUUAGCACAGAAAGUUCAUACCAGGAAAAAGAAUGUAUAUUGCACAAGACAGUGUUGUAUUGGGAACCUCCUGUCAUCGUGGAGUCUCAAUGCAGAGAAUAAGGAAAAUAGGUAGUAAGGAUCUACAAAUCCGUGCUUUCUUUGACACAGUCUCAACCAAGGACGUAGCGGCAGAUAAAUGUGUCUUUCUUUCUCUUGGUUUCUGCAAGGUCAUCCAUUGUGUUUUUGGCACUGCUGUAUUCCUCCACUCUAGCACUUUUUGUUUAGAAAAUGUGGGAGUAGAAGGAGGCUGUGAUGACACUGCCUAUCUCUCUGCUUGCCUACCUGUCUUGCCACCUUCAAUCUAAUUGAAUCUGAAAAAAUUCAGUGAAAUUUGAGAGCAAAAUCGAAAUUAGAAAGAUAGUGUACCUUUAAGUUCUGAAAUGGUGCAAUGUGAACUUGUCCUUUAGAAGAGAACAGUGAAUCUAGUGCAGAUUCUUUUGCCCCAGCCGUAAGAGAGGUUUCAGAUUCAGACUGUACUGGACACGCAAGUCAGAUACCACGAGGCACAGCUGGUAAAGUGUGGUCAGUGAAGAAGUGUGCACAGAAGAUCGUAAUAGGGGAAUUUUCAGAAGAUUUUGGUUGAUAUCUACAGUCAGAGCUAUUACACAUCCAGUGCACGUUUAAUGGCUUGGGAUAGAGGAGCAGAAAUUUCCAUAGUAGGUAAAAUGUAUUCCACAGUUUAGCAUCUGGGUUAAUUGAUAGCUGGGAAGGCAUAGAUCCCAACUGAUGCUUUCUUUUAUUGUUGGAAUAUUUAUAAAGUCUCUGUUCUGUAUUCACUAGCAUCCAGAGAAGACUGGACUCUGCUUCAGCCUGUCUCUUGGCUGAGGAGUCUAUCAGAGUCUGUCUCUUCUCAUCAGCUGCUCAUUUUCAUGAAAACUAUGAGAACUUAGUAGCUCGACACCAUCAGAUUGUGAGUAAAAUGAUCGUUUUGUCAAAAGAAAUUGAGGAAUUAAGAGUGGGAGAGAGACGUGCAUCUGCAUAUUUCAUGGGUGGUCACAUGUUUCCUGAGGAGGCCAGACUCUUAAUAGGUGUCCAAACGAGGGUGAGUGAUGCUUCUUGUCUCUUGACUGUACUUCUGACCAGGCUUACGCUGUUAAUCUAAAGAUUUAGAAAACUCUCCUUAAUUUAAAGUUGACUUGUGGGGGCAAAGGUGAUGGUGAUUUGUAAAUAGAAAGAAAUGAGCCUUGGCCUUUAGCUGGCACAGCACAGAUUAACAAUCAGUCGUCCAUCAGGAUGGAUAAAUCACAAAAGCUAAGUCAAAUCCUGUAGAGUUAAAGGCCAGAUGGAUGGUGCAGAUCCAGGACUGUGCCUCAUGUGGAAGGCAGGAUGGAUGCCGCUGCACAUUUCUGACAUGAUGGUUGAAGAUCUGGCCUGUUACGAGUGCAAGCCUUCCUAGUGCUGUGGCGGAGCAGCUUGGCAACUGGGAGUGAAGGACAGAUUAUGGAUAUCCUUGGCUCUGCUCCUUGCAUUGUGGGCUAACUGUGGCAGAGUCACAGCCACGUACUCGUGUUGUCUGCCUGUUCUGGGGGCUCUGGCACCUCUGGGAACCCUGUGCUGCCAGGACAUGAGGGAGGACAGCUGGCAACCAGGGCUGUCUCUGUGCUCCCUUACUAAUGAGUGGAAUCAAAUGGGAUCAUGUCCUUACUAACAGAUUUCUAACCAGGUGGAUUUGCAGUGUUACACAGAUUACAGUGUAGCUGGAGCAGCCUUACCAUGUAAUCCUUACUCAGAAAAUAUUGUUCCUGCAUCUCUGUAACAUAUUUGAAUGCAGAGUGGUGCCCAAAAGAAAAGAGAGGCAGAGUUCUCCAAGAAGAUUGCAUUGAACUUACCUGCUCACUACUGUCCAAGUGUUGUAAGUUUUGUCAGCUUACAGGCUUUACUGGUAUUGCACUUUCUUAGGAGAAAAUGUCCAUAACAUACCAAAAUGCACGUGGCUGUGGUUCUACCUGUGUGUGGUUAGAGCAGGCAGUGAGCAUUUCGAUCUUAAUCACAUGGGGAAUGAAAGUUUUAUAAACCCCAGACUGAGUUGAGAUACCACAUGUACCACACUGACAGGCAGCACCUUGUUGGUGUUCAUGGCUGUUGCCUGUCAUUAAUAAAGGGCUGUCACUAAGUAACUGUACAGUUAGCAUCCAUAUGGUGUGCACGCGCAUACACACACACUUGCAGUGGGAGCAGGAAUACAAACAGGCAAGGCAGGCACACCCUUCUGUUUCAUCUUCAUAAAAGGCUCCUGCAGCUCUUACCAUGCUAAGCUCGGAGCAUAGAAGUGCAAAAGAAUAAAAGCAGCUCUCCAGCUGGUGAUGCACAGCCAUGAAGCAGCCAUGGGCUUUACGGGAAUGACAUUUAUGGCUGACAUCAGAUCUGAGUAUUUGCAUUGGAUUUCAGUGUCAGCAUUGGAGGUGGGGCUUAGCAGGGACACUGAUCCAGCUAAGAGGCAGCUCUGUCUGGGAAGAUACUCACUCCCCAUUUCUCUGCUAUCCUGCUUGCUUCUGACUCCUCCCUCCUGCAGCUCAGAUCAGCACAGGGUGAAUCCAACAGCCUCCCAUUUCUACCGUGUUUCUCCCUGAGCUUGAGCAUACCUGGUACUCUGCCUUCGUUUCAGCUGAACUCGUGAGUAAGGCACAUUGCCUGAUAUCUGUCAGAAGUGAAUGGCUUGUUAUUACCUGAAGAGACUGAAUUAACUAUCUUCCGGUACUGAAAGGGUAAUGAAGAACUGUAUUUUUUCCAGCACCUUUUGUACUUCUUUGUUGCCUGAUUUUUCAAGAGCGUGAGUUAUUCUGGUUAUCAAGGGAGCUUAAACCUGAGUAUUUCUUCACCGGAUGCUACAAAAGAAGAAAGGAAAACAAACUUAAGAUGUGGAGCUAGCAGUUAUGGUUUCAGCUUGUGAAAACUUGCAGAGUCAGUGAGAAGGCAAGGAACAACAUUUGCCAAGGACCAUGUCGGUAAUGCCUAGUAAUUUGUCCCUCAAUGGGACAAGCUUCUUCGCUGAAAAUCAUAGCAUUAUGGAUAAACCUAAUGAGCAGAGAACUUUGAAUGUCUUUCUAUUUUGCUCGACUUUUAUCAUUGCAUUCACAGUGCUUCUGGGCAGCAUUUAUUCACUAGUUUCCCUGCUGAAACUGCAGAACAAAUCCACAAUUUCAAUGAUUGUGACCUCUUUGUCAAUAGAUGAUUUGAUCAGCAUUGUGCCAGUGAUUAUUUUCAUGCUCACCCAGUGGUCAAGUGAUGCCCUUCCUCAGCCUCUGUGCACCACCUCAGCACUUAUAUAUUUAUUCCAGGGCAUUUCUAGCAAUCUGAAAGGGUCUCUUAUAGUUUCCUACAACUUCUAUAGCAUCAACAAAACUGAGACAAUGAACUGCAGUGCUUCCAAACGACGAGUGAGCAUGGUAUGGGCAAUUCUUAGCAUUUGGAUCGUCAGUUUGCUGAUAUGCAUUUUGCCUCUCUGUGGCUGGGGCAAAUACAUCCCCACCACCUGGGGUUGCUUCACAGACCAUGCAAGUUCCUACAUCUUGUUCUUAUUUAUUGUCUACUCAUUGUGCUUUUGCCUCCUCACAGUGCUGUCUGUCCCUCUAACUUACCAGCUGUUGUGCUCAGAUGAGCAACAGCUAUUACACGUCAACUACCAGGAAAUCUCUCGAGGCUACAUCACCCCUGGGACACCUGCAGGCUGCAGUACUGCCACCCCAUGUCUGUCACCAGUGGACCCUGUGGAUAAAACCCUGAAGCAUUUCCAAAAUGCAUGUCUAAGCUCAAAGGCAGUUUUUAGGAAAGGUGUGGCUGAGAGCAGUGGACUCGAGCCCCGAUGCAUGAACAACGCAAAGAGCAGGAGCUUCACAGUGGGCUUUGCCCAGAAACGGUUCUCACUGAUUCUUGCAUUGACAAAAGUCAUUCUCUGGCUCCCAAUGAUGAUACAAAUGAUUGUCCAGCACAUCACUGGCUAUCAAAGCUUUUCAUUUGAGACACUUAGCUUCCUGCUGACAUUGCUAGCUGCCACCGUCACCCCAGUAUUUGUCCUGUCAGAGCACUGGAUCCACCUGCCGUGUGGCUGCAUCAUAAACUGCAGGAGGAAUUCAUAUGCUGUGUCUUCAGAAGAACUCAAAACCAAGCACAGAGGUUUCGAAUUCAACCUUUCCUUCCAGCAUGGUUAUGGAAUCUACCGAAUAUCCCCCGAGAGCCACCACCACGAUGGCGAUGGUAAAUCCACAUCGUGCCACAACCUGCUGGUUUGCGAGAAACCGUACGAGCCGCCGAGGGGAGGUGGCGGCGGCGCGGCGUUGGCGGAACUCAGCACCACGGAUAGCGCCCGGCCAGGCCCGGCGGGGCUCAGCGCCACGGACAGCGCCAGGCCCGGUCCCGCGGGGUUCAGCACCACAGACAGCGCCAGGCCCAGCGCCGCGGGGGUGCGCGGGGAGGCGGCCUCGGGCCUCGGCAGGACCGUGGAGGGACCCGAGAGGAGGCUGUCGCACGAAGAGGGCCAUAAGCCAGAGCUCACAGACUGGGAGUGGUGCAGGAGUAAAUCAGAGAGGACCCCUCGACAGCGGUCAGGUGGCGCCUUAGCUAUUCCUCUGUGUGCAUUUCAAGGAACCGUGUCACUUCAGGCACCCACAGGAAAAACUCUCUCCUUGUCUACAUACGAGGUAAGCACUGAAGGACAGAAAAUAACACCCACAUCAAAGAAAAUUGAAGUUUAUCGAUCUAAAAGUGUUGGUCAUGACCCCAACCCAGAGGAGUGUCCUAAUACGUUUGCUGACACGAGUGUUAAAAUUCAUUUAGAGGUUCUGGAAAUUUGUGACAAUGAAGAGGCUCUGGACACUGUUUCAAUCAUCAGUAAUAUCAGCCAGUCCUCCACACAGGUAAGAUCUCCAUCCUUACGCUACUCACGGAAGGAGAACAGAUUUGUCUCAUGUGAUUUGGGGGAAACUGCUUCCUACUCACUCUUCAUACCAUCCAGCAAUCCCGACAGCGAUAUUAACAUAACAAUUCCAGACACUGUGGAAGCUCACCGGCAGAAUAGUAAAAAGCAACACAUGGAAAGAGGUGGUUAUCAGGAAGAAAUACAGAUGUUGAAUAAAGCAUACAGAAAACGGGAAGAAGAUGGCAACAGCAAUUAAAAGACAUUUAAUCUAAACAUUUAAACAGAUUCAGCGGACAUUGCUCCUCUUUAUUCAAGUUACCCUAACAAAUACAAUGCCAACUGGUUUGUUUUUUUUUCCUAGCAUAUAAAUGAUUUUUAUUUGGGUACACUGUUAAAUAGUUAACAUUUAAAAAUGGGAAAACAAACGCUUCAGUGCUUUGCAGCUUUGUGCAAUGAAAUCCAAGUUAUUUACCAAUCUCUUUAUUUGAGGAAGAUUCUGAAAGGAAUCCUAAAUGAAGUCUUAAAAGCCACCCUCGCUUGCUUGUUGGCACUGGGUGGUCUGUGGGAAGCCAGAAAAUGAGAGAGCAGCUCUACACCCGUGAAGAUGUAACAGGUUUCAAUGACUGUGGCAGUUCUCCUACUGAUGUGCCAGACUUGAAACAUUUACUGAAAAUAUGUAGCACAAGCCUAAGACUAAGCCAUGCAUUUGGUUAGGGAUUGUAAGUUACGUACGUAGUUUAAUUUUCUACUGCUCCAUACGUAAUUGAUACGUAAUGUCUCUGUAAGUGGCCAUUGUAUAGACCUUUGAAUGUGGGUGUCUGAAAUGUAAGCUUGCACAUUUUAUAUGUCCAACACUGUGAAAAUGUGUUCUCAUGGCUGGACAUUUCUUUCAUUGAGUGUGUCAAAUGUUGGUUGAUCUUAUGCUGGUUACUCUAAAGUGUGCCAUUUUCUGCCUCCUUGAUCUCUUAGGAGAGGGGACAGGGCUGCUCAAGGAGGCCAAACCUAGAGACCCAGCUUAGCUGUUGACCUCAGCUUGAGGCUGAGUGCCCAGAUCAGCUUCCUGCCCUGGAGCACCCUCUGGAGGAGCCUGUUCUUAUGCUGCCUUACAGGAAGCAUAGAGCCAAGUCUGAAAUCAAACUAUAACCCACCAAUAGACUGCUUCUUGUCAAAUUCAAACAGACUGAGGGUAAAACAGCAAAUGAAGCACUUAAGUCUAAUGCUUUUUGUCUGAGAGCUCAUUUUCUGGGAUGUUGUCAUGCAUUUCAGCCAGAUAGAAGUAGACUUCAGCAGGACUUUAAGAGGUUUGACUAAAAGUUACACCACUUCUUUAAUUAAUAGAUUUAAUUUUCAGUGAGUGACAACAUAAUAAUUCAGGUGUCUGCAGUCACCUUGUUAUCCAUUCAGUGGGAACAUGCACAGGAAAGUAAGCACAGCCCUAUUUAGGAUUCCUUUAUGGAUUGUGAACAGGUAGAGCAAAAGGGCCAACUAGCUCAGCUUGUGUUCAGUAUGGAGGCAUGUAAAGAACAGGUGAUUUGCAUUCUCACCUCACCAACAUAAAUCAGGCCUGCCACCAUGAUCAGACAGGCUAUGCUGCUGUGACAGUGAUGGAGAGCUGAGGAGAAUCAGGGUCAGAGACUGCAGGCCGCUGUGAUGGAGAUGGAUCACUCUGUGCAAGAUGUGCUUUUCAUGUGCUGCUCUUCCAAGGUGAAAACAAAGGUUCUCAUAGGAUUGCCUCAAGGCUCUUAGUACCUGGUGAUGCUGCGUUACACUUCAGAUUUAACAAGAAACUAUAGUAGACAGAGCAAUCAAUGGUAAGUGUAUUAGUAGGUUAUAUCCAUGUGCAUGCAGCAGGGAGACACGUUCUGCUGUCUCUGUAUUACUUUGCUUUGUGUUUGUAGGAUUAGCUCAGAAAGUUGCUUUAUAGCAACAGAUGUGCUCAAUCCAGAAAGACGUUGUGAGGGAGGAUGCAGUGCAUCACUGCCUCAGUUUGGUCACGUUCUCUGAUGGGUGCAUUUAGAUUGUGUUCAGGUUUGGAGGCAUUAAAAUUCUGCAUAGCUCUGACCCUGAGCUUGACCUAAUUGUAGAAUGUUGCCUUGCUGGUGAAAAAGAAAUACAUUUUCUAUAAUGAAUCUGUAAAUCUGAUCAUGUACGAAUGUCUGACUGUUUUAUAUUUUAUUUUAGUGACUCACAUCAUUAAACAUUUUAAAGUGUCUGGAAGCCCAAGUUGUAAUUACUCAGUAGAUAACAGCUCCUCUCACACAGCACCAGAAAACUUGGUCUAAGAAAAGACUCCUGGUUCCUGUAUUUGGUGAUUUCAAGGUGUCUUCAUUUAUCAUUUUAUUAAAUGUAUUUGGGCUUACAUUUUAAGGUACUUAUUUUGUAAUGGUUUUUAAGGAAAAAAAGUCUUCCUCCUCUGUUGUUUAUACUGCCUGACCUUUUAAUGUAUUUCAGUGACAGCUUGACAUUUGUGUUUGUCAAGGACUGUUUGAAGGUGACUUGAAAGAGCCCUCAUCUCUGCUCAGACACCAUAGCAACUGACUGAGAAAGUCCCUCGGAAAAUGUGACCUGCAUCAGCCCCUGCACUCCCCCCUGCUCUGAGGAGUUGCGCUGCUGAAUAAUGCAAAGGGUAGAAAACAAGAAACUUCAAAAGAAUUUUUGAGAUAACCUUAGGUAAGCAGUGUAUCCAAUGUGUUGGAGUUUCCCUUCGGCGGCACACGUGCACUGAGAAGAAAGUUAAACUAAUAGAGAAGUUACAAGAGAAGUAAAUAUGUAAUAAGCAGAGCCAGGCCUCAAGUCCCAAAUGCCUUGAAGGAUUGGGCUAUUUGAAAUAGGAGAUACGGCCCAGUACUGAAAUGUACAUUUCUUAUUCUAGUCAUGAUGGAAUAUGCAACUGACAGCAUCGUGCUAUUUCAUGAAAAGUAAUAAUUGAGUUUUACUUACACAUUGUUUUACCUUUAUAGAUUUGAGGUUGAUACAUAUAUUCUGGAACAUGAUUACACUUCCUGGUAUGUAUCACUAUAAUGAUUUCCAAGUCAAAGCUCUGACUGCUAUGUUUCGCUCAUGAAUUUUGCAGAUAUAGAUGUCUCAGAGCUGAAUAAAUUCUGUUUUUCUAGUCUCAA